UCGAGGGAUUCGGACGCUUUUCGCUGCUUCACCGGACUGGAAAGAAGAUACCAUAAUGGGGACUACGGGUAGGCCGUGGCUCUCUGGAAGCAUGGAGAGUGGCUGCAGAGGCUACGACUCUACCCAUCAACAAAUGGGUAAAGACCUGCAACGGAAUGCAACGGCCUGCUGCUACUUAAAUACCCCUGGGGCUAUUUUGACGAAGUCGCUGCGCCGUGAUAGUAUAUAUCUAUGGCGAAUAUGAUAUCUAUGUAGAGUUUUCAGUUUGAUGGUGGUUGGAGACUUUCUGGAUGCCACCAAAUCCGAUCCAGCGCGCAACCCGCCUUUACUUUGGAUCAAGGGGGUCGAUGACGUCCAUGACUUUUUUGAGUCAACUCGGGGUAUAUGUAUGAACCCUUCUCUCUUCAAAUGAGAUGCCCACCCAACACACAAUCUCCUGCCGGCACCCUCUACACGAUACCCUCUACACCAUACCCUCUACACCAUACCCUCCACACCAUAUUCUCGACACCAUACCCUUUCUCCAUACCCUCUACAUCAUACCCUCUACACCAUACCCCUCUACACUUUACCAUUUACUCCAUACCACCGACUUACAACCGCUCACUCGCCAAAAUAUCCGCAUCUAAUACACUACAACUAUUCUAAACUCAUACAGACAAUUUCAAACUUAUACCGUCCUAAUCCCCCUUAAACCUCCUCCUAAAACACCGAUUCACUCAUAAUGGGCCGGGUUCUGUUUCUUCCAGCUGAAAUUCGCUGCAUGAUCGCUGAAGAGUGCGACCGAAAGUCCCUGCUCUCCCUUUCAUUAGUGUCAACAGACUUUCGUGAGCCAGCUCAGCGAGCACUCUUCCGUUCGAUACAUGAAACGGUCGAGAGGCAGUCAGAUGUUAGAGCCCUAGGAAGGCCUGGAGCAAUUAACCAAUACAGAACCUCCUGGAUUCAACUACUGCUUCGUACGAUCCUUGAAUGCCCACGGUUCGCCAGAUACGUCAGACAUGUUCAUACUCCAGUUCAAGACGAUUGGAUCCCCGUUCCACUCUACGACGAUAAUAAAGAGAACAUCAUCCAAAGCCGUAAAAGAGUUGUACCCCGUAAAUUCAUAGACCUAGGUCUCAAGCGCAGGGACGAAAAGCCCUUCCUUCAACAUAAUAAGACAUGGAACAAGAUCUGGCGUGCCGCUCUCUUCCAAGGCAACGACGAAGCAAUGCUGGCCGUAGCUCUAUCUCAGUUUGACCUUCUUACAUCGAUAGAUAUAUCGCCAGAAUUGUUCUACUACUCCCAAUUCAUAGCCCCCAUGUUGGCCUGCCUGUCUUCACCGAUUCCCGGGUACAACCAUUUCCCUCGGCUUCAACAUGUGUCGCUUUGCAUAAGAGACACUCGCCAUCACUCGGGAGAGUUAGGAUCGGCCUCUGGGAAAUUUGCAAUCAUGAAAUACCAUAAUAUCAGGACACUAGAGUUGAGUGCUCACGACAGCCAUAUGAACAUCAUGCGAAAAGAUCUUUUUAAUACACACCGGUACCUUACCACUCUCCGUCUCAAGUUCUGCGAUUUAUCCAUCUCCGCGGUCGGAGAUAUCCUGAACUAUACACCAGCCUUAAAGGUCUUCGAGUGUUGCUUGCUCCGUGAAUACUCAUCCAAUACUCAUCAAGUCUAUAACCACCAGUCGCUGGUGCCCUCCGAGCUUGACUUUGGACAGUUGGCUAUAGACCUUCGAAAGGUCGCCGGCACCUUAGAGGAGCUUACCAUAGGCGUUUCCUGGAGUAGCAUGGGAUUCUAUGCGUACGAAGAAGACCCCAGCUGGUUCCGCGGCAUCCCAGUUUACUCGCUCAGACACUUAGAGCAUCUCUCGUACCUAGAGAUACCCGUAGAAAUAUUGAUAGGCUUGCGUCCGUGGACUGGUUCCUUGCUUUCCUGGACCCUCCCACCGAACCUGGAGUCCCUGGUUCUGAUAGAUACGCUUCCAUACCCUUACCGUGAGGAUUAUUUGCAGAAUUACAGUGUAAUGCCCGUCAUGAACCAAUUAAAGGUCUAUCUUACAAACAAACCUCCCGGGUUCCGAAAAGUGACAGUGAAAGCCUAUGUUACGCUGGAGCUCAAUCAAUUCCACAACUGUGAGCACGAAGUACGGAAAUAUAUGGACAUUGAUGAGGUCCGAUCGCUUGCCGUGUCUCUGACUGAUCGUGGUAUCACUCUGGAGAUCGACUUUCACUGGACGGAAUAUGAUGAAGUGUCCACCUUAUGGAGAGCCACCUACAGCCCCAAAAUGUCAAAGGAGGUCUCCAACCUCGGCCUUCGCUAUAUUAGCGUAGAUACAGCAACAGAUGAUGAUGAUGAUGAUGAGGAGGAGGAGGAGGAGGAGGAGGAGGAGGAGGAGGAGGAGGAAACAGAGAGUGACACCUCUGAGUCUGGUUCCGCUUAG